ACAUCGAAUCGUGUUCGUGUCGCUUUGCUUCGCGGAUUUUUGUGUGUGGCGUAGGUUGAAAUUUUCAUCUUGAAUUUGCCAGUGGAAAAGCACCCAGGAAAGGGUGAAAGAUGUGUUGAAAAUUAGUGCGCGAGUUAAUAAGGUACCUCGAGAGUCAAUAUUACCUCAUAAGCAUAUCAGAAUCAUGGAUAAUUGUGCCAAGAUAGUUGUUCUCAUCACACUACAAAUCCUCCUUAGCGAUCAGGCAAGCAAUUCCGAAGCAUUCGACACGGAUGACUAUGCCCUUGAGAGCCGGCAAUUUCUGCAGCAGGCCUUUCUCGAUGAGGCCAGCCGGGGGCAUACUGUCCCAAAGGCACCUGGAACAGUCAAAGAACAACUUCUUGCACUCAAUUCAACCUACAAUUAUGACGAUUCCUGGCCUUCUCCUCAAAUCAAGAUGAACUCCAUCUCGGCCGUUUCCCUGGACAGGGAAGGCAAUGCCGUGAUUUUUCAUCGUGCUGACCGUGUUUGGGGUCAAUCCACUUUUAAUCUCGACAAUGAGUUCACUCAGCCACAGCUGGGUGCCAUUCCCGAUAGUACAAUCCUGGCAUUUAGCCGCAAAACAGGUGCCCUGAGGUAUUCCCUGGGCAAGAAUCUCUUUUACAUGCCCCAUGGGCUAACAGUGGACCAUGCAUCAAAUAUUUGGGUAACAGAUGUUGCACUGCAUCAAGUUAUGAAAUUGCGAAAAGAUGAAGAGAAGCCAUUGAUGGUACUUGGGAAGAAAUUUAGGCCCGGAAAUGGCCUAGACACUUUCUGCAAACCCACCUCUGUGGCCAUUCUGCCCACUGGAGACUUCUUCGUUGCUGAUGGCUACUGCAAUGCGCGCAUAAUCAAAUUUUCACCAGCUGGAAAGAGAAUUCUAACAUGGGGAGAAAAUUCCUUUCAAGGUGUAGCUCACGCUAUAGCCCCUCCUAAUUUUCUGGCUAUCCCUCAUGCCCUCACCCUGGCUCUGGAUAAGGGUCUGGUGUGUGUGGCUGAUCGCGAGAAUGGCCGGGUGCAGUGUUUCCAUGCAACAAAUGGCACUUUCCACUCGCAGUAUCAUAGCCCUUUGGUCGGCGAUCGAAUCUACGGAGUGUCCUAUGCUCCAGUCAAUGGUGGUCGAUUGUAUGUGAUCAAUGGACCACUGUUGCCCAUGUUAUUUGCCCGGGGCUACGCUCCGAGCUAUCAUGAAGUGCGUGGCUUUGUUUUUGACAUGGCCACAGAGGCUGUAGUGGACAAAUUCGGACUUCCAGGGGAGGAUUUCAAUAAUCCUCAUGAUGUUGUUGUGUCUGAGGACGGAGGGGAGAUUUAUGUGGCGGAAAUAGGACAGUUACGUCCGCGGAAGUUUGUUUCGAAUGUUUCCAAGUUGCAGAGGCUGACUGGUGCAGAAGGUGGUGUGACUAAUCAGACGGGCGUGCCAAUGAUUGCCACGAAUGUGGCUGAAUCUGGGGCUACUGCCCUGUUGGCGGUGGUGCUCAUUGUGGUGUUUGCCAUUGCCGCCUUUGGGGCUACUUUGCUUGUGAUGCGACAGAGGAAACGAGACAGAAAGGGAAGGGUUCUUGAGAAACUUCGCUUUGGUGGCAACUUUCUUAUGAUUAAUCUUUUAUUUUUGUGUUAUUUAUUUUUUUUAUACACAUACACAUAUCCUCAGGUGAUAAAAAGACAUUUUUUUUAGUUUUACUGCUUUUAUAUUGUAAUUUAAUCAAAUUUAUAGACAAACAAAACAUAUACUCCUAUUUUUAUUCAAUUUAUAUUCUUUUGCAUUUAUUUAGAACCUUUUCAAGCAGACUUUUAAGUUUAAGAGAGAGAGAGAUAGAGGGAGAGAGAGAAUAAUCCAGGGCAAAAAUAUUGAGUGUGAAGAAAUGUAAGAGGGAUCAUGUUCUAAAGGCUAAGAACUCUUUGAAUCCUGUGUCUACCAGAUAAAUUAAAAAAAAACUGGAGAUGAAAUGUAUGUUAAUUAUUGAGAAAAAAAAGAUAAACUAAAAAUUAUAUAUUCUAUUGAAUGUAAAGAUAAAUAUUGUAAAUUCUAUUAUGAAUGUUUAUAGUGGAUGAAACACUUAUUAUUCCUGGCUCAAUAAAAAAAAACCAUCUUCUUGGAG